CAACACACACACACACACAAGUUGGUUGUGACCCAGUAAUGGGUCCCAACCUGUGGUUUGAGGAACCCUGCUCUAGAUGACUGCUUAGGGAGACCUUGCAAAUAGACUUAUUCAUGACCAUGUCUUCAAGGAAAGAAAUUAGCCUUGUAAUUGGCUGAAUCGUCCACUGACGAUUUUCUGGAAAAUUUGCAGCCUUGAGGCUGAGAUGCCUUCCAACAGGUGUUUUCUGAGAUUCUGCACCCUAUGCCUUCAGGAAUGUAUUAAACAGAAAAACCCCAUGUGUGGUGUGUGUCGUUGUCCCUUAUCUCCUGACAAGAGGGCCAUUGAUUUGGAGAGGCAAAUGGAGACCACAGAGACAGCUUGCAAGGGCUGCAGCAAAAGAAUGUACCUUUCAAAAAUUCGUGCCCAUGCUGCUUCCUGUCCCAAAUACCAGAACUAUGUCAUGGAUGGAAUUAAAUCAGUGACCAAGGACCAAUCUCCACACACUAGAGACGUUCCAAAUCGCUUCACAUUCAUCUGUCCUUAUUGCCGGGUUCAGAAUCUUGAUCAGGAGGGGUUAGUGGACCAUUGUAGAAAGUAUCACUUUACAGAUCCAACACCUGUGGUGUGUCCAAUAUGUGCAUCAAUGCCAUGGGGAGAUCCAGGCUACAGGAGCGCCAAUUUUAUGGAGCACGUUAAUAGGAGACACCGUUUUUCUUAUGAUACUUUUGUGGAUUACAACGCUAAUGAAGAUGCUAUGUUGAAUGAAGCAUUGAUCCGAUCCCUGAGUGACAAUUGAGCCAAGCUUCAUUCUAUCGGUUUAUGAAUGACAUCCAACCUGAUAGCCCAGCUGCACCUUGCACAACCCCUGCGCACGCUCAUUAAGCAGCUUAGAAAGGCAUCAGCGCUAGGCUUCCAUCGAAUGCAGUGAAGGUGUAAUCAAUUCUUCAGAACUUUAGCAUCAGGAGUUCCAGUUUGUUUAGAAUGUGUGUCCAGGUGGUAGCUGUAUGUGUAUGUGAAGUACCAAAACAAGAACUACAUUUUGUUUUACUUUUUUAAAAGUAAAGGAAGAGUCCCUUUUUUAGCAACAAAAAAUAAUCUUACCUCUUUAACCUCUUAAGGACAUAUGACGGAAUUUUUCCGUCAUAAAACAAUUGAGCAAACUGAAAGCUGUGUCCUUAAAGGGUUAAUGAACUUAAGGUUUGAAGCAGAGGCGUUUGUUAAAAAAAAAAAUACUAGCUGCUAAUAGUAGAUCAUGUGUGUUGCUCUGGUGUAUUGAUUGCUAUAAAACACCCAAACUGAACCAAGAAAGAACUGAUUGUAUACAAGACCACUAAUUUGGCCUAAUUAUAAUUCUAUAUUACAUCUACCAAAAUGACUGCUGGUGUCAGUCAUGGAGUCAUUUCUUAAUGGCAUUCCAGGUUUAUGCUGUCUUUUGUCUGUAUCUGUAGUUUAAUGUUCAUAUAAACUAAAAUGCAGUUUGACAUUUUCUUUGAGACAAUAUCCUUGGGUCAAUAAUCCAACAAAAAGCCUUACAAAAACUACCUUCAGUUGUGUUACCACAAGUCUAACUCAUGCCCUCCAGAACAAGCGGAGGGAUCACUGCAAUAGGUGAAAUAAAGCUAGUUAGUAGUUUGACCUUUCUGACUGCGCUGCAUACUAUAAGCUCCUAUAAGACUCAUCAAUGUGUCUUGAACAUAUUGUGCUUGUGGGGUCACCUUGAAAUUUUCUUGUUCUAUUUGCUGGUUGGACCUUAUGUUUUAUAUAAAUAAAGUUCCUUUUUAUUUACAAUUGAGCCUGCAUUCACACCAACAUUCAGAUAAACUGGUUGUGUGCGGUUUCCAGUAUCUCAUCUAGAAACCAGAGAUUUGUAUUGGUUUUAAAGGGAUAUUGUACUGAAAAAUGAUCUCCCCUUUAAUAUGUUGCCAGUGAUUCAUAUUACCUGAUGAUGUAUUUUAAAGGGACAUGAAACCCAAAUAUUUUCUUUCAUGAUUCAGAUAAAGCAAGUGAUUUUAAACAACUUUCUAAUUUACAUUUAUUUAAUUUGUUUUUUUGUCUUAGUAUCCUUUGUUAGGUAGGCUCAGGAGCUGCUGAUUGGUGGAUGCACUUAUAUAAAGCAUGUUAUUGGCUUACCCAGUGUGUUCAGUAGCUCAAAGUAGUGAAAUGCUGCUUCUACAACAAAGGAUACCGAAAAAUAAAGCAAAUUAGAUAAUUAAAGUAAAUCGGAAAAUAGUUUAAAAUUUUCUAUUUGAUUCACAAAAGAAAACAAUUCGGUUUCAUGUCCCUUUAAAUUAUUUAGAAAUAGUUAUAUUGCCUUUUAUUUUGUCAAUUAGCUGCUUUUGCCAAUUGAAACCAGUAUACUGAAGAUUUUUAUUUUAUAGUAGUAGCUGUAGAAAAGCCCUGUGAACAAGAGACAGCAGCAGAUAUCAACCUCUCAGUGGGGUCAAGCUCAUCUUAUUCAAAGUGGUGUAGAUGCAGCAGUUUUGAAUGCAAGGAACUCUUAUCACCCGCUUGCCUCAGUCAAUUGUUCUUUUAAGCAUUGGCUGGGGCAGGUGCCACAGUGUAAAACUAUCCAAGCUCUUAGAGAAUCUUUUUUUCUAUUGAGCAGUAUUUCUAUCUACAAAGUUAAGCUUGCAGUGGAUUAAUUGUUCAUCUCUUCUAGGUUUGCAGCUCAGCAGGUUUUAUUGCUAAACUAAUGAAAAUUAGUUAAACUAAUUUAAUUUCUGCCAUUACUUUUUUAUUAAUAUAUAUUUUUUUUUUAAAUAUUUUACUAUAUCCAGAAAUGUAAGUAAAGUAGAUUCCAAAAUUGGUUUAAGCAUUGAGAAGGUCCCGGAGUGAGCAUCAGUUUUCUGUAGGAUGCAAUCAGUCACGUAUAUUGAGAUAUGACAUAUAAACACAUAAAUACAUAUGUACACAUAUAUGUAUGCAUUGGAGCCCUUUGCAGUUAAGUAGAUGAAUACAUGUAAAAACAUAUGUAUGCAAUAUUCAUAUUUAAUAAAGUGUUAUUCUGUGUA